CUCAGACCCAUGCCACACACUCCCGGAGCUUCCUCGACCGCGCCAUGCCCAAGUCGGACUGCUAUCCUUCGCCAAAGUUAACCCUUCGCGCGGCCCGUUCAGAGACUGUUACCCCCUUCACUUCUUCCCCUUGCGCAAGCGCACUGCUUCUGCAUGGUGCUGUUGUGCCCGUUACAGCUGUCUACCAACUGUCACAACUUCCACCGUAAUCUCACUGUUUAUGGAACCAACCCCCUGCACCCUUAUGCAACUUUUGCUCGCGCCGGUGGAGAUCGCGCAGAUCUUCGCGCGUUAGCACUUUGUCAGUGCCUGCCAGCUGGAGCGGCUCCCUGCAUGCCACUCCGAAAGCGCCAAAACUUGACUCUUUCCUCGAGAUCUUUCGGCAAUUCCUACACCCCCAAUCGCUUACCGCGCCCACGCACAUCAACCUCGUACCUCGAUCAAUAUCAAUAUCAAUACUCGUACCCUAUGUUGAUCACAAAAUGUUGUCUAGGAAUCCUGCAAGCGUGUCGUGCUGGACGACACAUUCCAAGACGUCUCGUCCAUGUAGAUUCCUUCCAAGAAAGACAUGUUUCAAAAGAAAAAAUGGACAUGGUAUUUCUCGGACGUAGUCCACAUCGCCGUGUUUGAUCGGAACGACAAGGUUCAUAUUUGAAAUACUUUCUUGGCUAGCGCGUCUCCUCGCAAGCAGCCCCUUCUCUACCAGUCCGCAUCUGCCCACUUCUCCACACUAUCCAUCCUGCUCUAACCUCAAACAUGUCUACCCUAAACUACUUUGGUGGUCAUCUUUCGCGACUUGAAGCCAAAAGUGGGAAAGCUUGAUCCCUACGCUACAAUCCCGCUCCCAGUCUCUCCCAGCCGUACUC